GGGGCCGCCUCCGCCUCCGCGGCGCUCCGGGACUGGCGGAACGGGGCCGGGGCCGCCCGCAGCUCCCGCACAGCCGCGGCCGCCCGCACCCGGUCAGAUGCUUUCGCCGCCCCGAAGGAGCCGCCGAGGGUGCUGAUCUGCUCGUGCUCCGGACCAUGGACUCAUUGAGGGCAGCCCAGGUGUGAAAAAUGUCCAGCAGCAACCGGGACUUGGUGAUUGACUUUGUUUCCUACAAGCUGUCGCAGAAGGGCUACAGCUGGAGCCAGCUGGAGGAGGAGGAUGAGAACAGGACUGACUUCGCAGCGGAGGCCGACAUGGACGGGGUGCUCAACGGGAGCCCGUCCUGGCACCCGCCCGCCAGCCAGGUAGUGAACGGCGCCGCCGUGCACCGGAGCGGCCUGGAGGUCCACGAAAUCGUGCAGUCGGCCGCCGUCCGGCAGGCGCUGCGAGAAGCGGGGGAUGAGUUCGAGCUGAGGUACCGCAGGGCCUUCAGCGACCUCACCUCCCAGCUCCACAUCACCCCCGGCACGGCGUACCAGAGCUUCGAGCAGGUGGUGAACGAACUCUUCCGCGAUGGAGUGAACUGGGGGCGCAUCGUGGCUUUCUUCUCCUUCGGAGGGGCGCUGUGCGUCGAGAGCGUCGACAAGGAGAUGCGGGUACUGGUGGCACGCAUUGUGGCGUGGAUGACCACGUACUUGACCGACCAUCUAGACCCCUGGAUCCAGGAGAACGGCGGAUGGGAGCGGUUUGUGGACCUCUACGGGAACGAUGCUGCUGCGGAGAUGAGGAAGGGCCAGGAGACCUUCAACAAAUGGCUCCUGACCGGGGCGACGGUGGCCGGAGUGCUCCUGCUGGGAUCCCUGCUGAGCCGCAAGUGACCCGCCGCCCCGUCCCGUCCCCAGGACGGCUGCGCCUUCACCGCCACAUCCACUACACGGCUCCCGAGCACCGCCGCGGGGGCAGACCCUGCGCCUUCCCUCGCGCCGCCAGCUCCUUUUCCUGUAGCUCCUCUUAUUUUACCGUUCCGUUGUGUUUGAAAGGCGCUGAGACCGAUGCAGCACUUCAGCCGGCAGCUCCCCAGCGCUGGGGAGAUCCAGGCAGCCGGGGGGCGUGCUGGCUAGAAGGCGUCCCAGCCCUGCAGGGUCCCUUUAGAUCACUUUGGAGAGAAUAAACAGACUUAUUUUUGCAUGUGUGA